GGGAAAGUGUUCGUACUUGUUUACGAAUAUUUUUGUAUUCCUGUUAUGAACUUUUCUUGUUUUAAUAUUGAAUAAUGUGUACAUUGAAUUGUAAAGUUUGAGCCGUGGUAACAUUCGAAAUAAGAUGACAACUGAGGAAGGGCUACAGCACUGUUUAACAGUUUUAAGAAAGGCAAAAGAGAAAAGAAGUGUAAAAUCUCUUGGGCUUGACGUAGUAAUUACUAUUUUACAAGAAGAAGCUUCAAGAAGAGGCUUGGCACCUCCAGUUAUUGAAAUAUUAGUGGACGUUAUAACGUCUCUCGAUAUAAGGGUUUCAUUACGUGCCACUUUAAUAAAAUGCUUAAUUCCGAUACAUACCAUACCUAACAAAAGCUUAGAGAACAUGAUUACGUGGUGUAUAUCAUCGAUCAAUGAAUUAUCAGUGACGGUAUCUAUAGCUGCACUUCAAUGGAUCCUAGGUAUAUGGAAUUAUCAACUUGCUGACAGAGUUAUUAUUAAUAGUUUUUACGAUGUUUUCUUUUAUUGUAUGUUAAAAAAGGAUAAAUUGGAGUCUCACUUUGCUAGAUUAAUUUAUGCCUUAACGAAACCUGAAGAUGUUACACGAAGGCAGGUUUCUAGAUUACUUGCACUUCAGCAUCGGUAUGCAAAACCACAAAAACAUAUCACAGCAUUACUGUCGCAAUUUAAAUCUUAUAAACCUGAAUUAGUUCCCGAGAGAAUCCCAUCUUUGUCUACAGAAAGUGCCUGGAAACCAAUACCAGAAUUUCUGCGGUGUGGUUUAGAAGAAGCAAGAAAUCGCCUAGACAGCCAGAAUAUUGAAGAAAAUGUUGAUGAAUACGUGAAUUGGAACAUAGUACAAUUGACUAAACGAAGAAAGAAUCAAGAACCACUAAUUCCAUCUGUAGGUUACUUCCAUAUCGGUUCCAGUCUUUUUAGAGAAAAAGACUCUAAAUCAAUUUUUGAUGUAACAAGUUUGGAAAACUUAGGAAAAUAUCAGUUGUCAAUAGAUUUACCUCAUAAUGCAACAUCUCUUCUUGCCAAUACGGCUGGCUACCAUCUUCUAACAUUUGCUAACUGUGAUUAUCAAAGUAGAUUUUCAUACAAUCUCUACAAUACACUUAAAAGAGCUUUUAUGCUUGAGAGCAAUAAAUUUUCCGAAGCAGAAAGAGAUAAAUUAUUGGAGAUGACAGCUGAAUUUUCUAGGUACAUGCAACAAGGAAUUCUUGUAGUAAAUCAAUUUUUAAACGAUUACUUGUAUUACUGUCCUGGUCAGCAUCGUUCAAGGAUUUUUGCCUUGUUACAUUGGAAUACUUUUGGAUCUGUUUUUGAAUUACAGGAAAUGAUGCCUCAUCUUCAAGCAAUGUUUCAUGCAUCCUCAGUAAAGGAAAAAUGUGAAAUAAUAAAAAGUUUUAGAUUACUCUUAGUUAAUAUGUUUGUGAACCAACGUUUUGGUGAUAGUGAACAAAACCAAUCUGCACCUUUUCUGGGAAAGAGUGUAGUUAGCGAUCUAACAGAAAUAGUACCAAUUCUUACAAAAAUGGCCAAGGAUCUUAUAAUUUCUGGUCUAUGUGCACAUUCAUUCAAUGUACUAAUUUUGUCCGAAGCUCUGACGUUCUAUGAGGAGAUUUACAGAUUAGAAACUAAAAGCCAUUUAGCGUUAUGGACAUUAGCACCACCAGCAGUCAUUUAUGGAGGAUUUAUAACCAAAAGUUGCUGCAUUUUGUCAAGGGUGUGUGCACUCUUGAUGAGAUACCGUGAAAUGAAUGAACGUAUGAAACAAUGGAAAGCAAGGAAGUUAUUUCAGAAAGAAAUUGAAUCUUUGCACAUGUACGGCCGGGAUUUAAUAAACGCAUUGUUGCAAAAUGAGGCAUUUACUUCCAGAAGGGGUGGAUAUUUUCUAAAAAAUAUCCCAGAUAACAUAACCGAAGAUAUUUCAGUCCAUGUUUUAGAUAGACAAUUUAGUAUUAAUUAUCAUUAUGCAGUGAUUCCAUAUAAUUUUAUAUUAGGUAAAUCGGGGUUGCCAAUAAGUACCACUGAGGAUUAUCUAAAUGUGGCUGGUCAUUAUUAUCCGGCAAUUAGUGAGUUACUAACAGCUGUUCUUGAAUCUGCAGAAUCAAGUGAUGAGGAAAUAUAAAUUAGUAUAGAACAGUUUUGAAUGGUAUAUCUCAUUUUAAUUUGUUUUAUGACCGAUAAUUUAAAGUUUAUAAUUAAUGUAAAAAGUGUAUUUUGAAUUUGUUAUAAAUGUAUAAAAUAUCCUAAAAGAUAAGGUUAGUGCUUAAUUCCUAGAUAUGAAGAUAAACUAUGCCAUAAUGAUGUAUAAUUCCUAUUUUGAAAUUCAAAUGACAUAUUUAACGAUAUUAUUCUUACAGAAAUGUAUUUAGCCAAAUGCAUGUAUACAUCUAAAUACGAAAUAGUAAUUCCGUGAUUUAUUUUAUUUAUUUGCUUCAAUUUACAUUCCAUUUAACAGUCUUGCAUACGUAUCUUUCACCUGAAUUACGUCUCAAUCUUAAAUUCACAUAGAGACUUCAUCAAAUUGCGCUGUUUAUUAAUGUACAUUGAUCGAUUGGUAUGCUCUUUGAGUAUAUCAACUAAAUUCCUAAGUUUCUACUGUAUUUAGGUAACGUACAAUUAACUUCUUGCCGUGAUAUCAUUGAUAUUAAUUAUUACAUUAAUAAUUAAUACACAAAAUGUAUUCAUCCGAAAUAACUAUUUCUCUGGACAUUACGAAUGUUUAUUUUGCAGCACAAAUAAUUUAAUUUCUUUUUUUUUUUCUUAGUUUCAUUCAGGUGAUAGCGAUUAUUGUACUGUACUAAACUGUGCGAAAUCCAAAGAUUUCAUUUCAGAAAAUUACUAUUAUUUUCAAUGAGUUACAUCCUAUAAGUCAAAAGGUUAUAACAAGUAACAAACGGUGUAAUUUUAACAUCUCUGGAUGUUCUAUUUUACUGUAAUGUUUCUCUUGCUCUGUAAUUUUAAAUAGGUUUCCUAAUGAUGGGAUAUAAACAGCUUGAAUAUUAAUAACAGGAUGAAAAUAAAUAAACCUGUGAAAUUUCAGCAAUACUUUUUCUUGUAUAUCUAUAAGAAUUACUAUUCACAUUUUUUUUUUGUCAAGUGGUAAUGUACGUUUAGUUAAACGUACUGUCUGAUUAAUUGGAAAUUAACGUAACAUUUUACUUAACUGUAAAUUAGAAACAAUUAUUAUGGAACACCUACUGAAAUAGAAAUUUACAACCAUAUGUAUGUAUUACUACAUAUGGUUUUAUUAUAAAAAUCGAGCCAAGAUAAUUUAUACAGAUGUCUGCAAGGCAGUGAUUUUAGCUUAAAUUAUAAAACGUUUUUCUGCUCAAUAACGAAAAUCAUGAAUACAAAAAUGGAGUAAUAGGUAUGAUUGCUUUCUCGGUCUUGCUACGUUUGAGAAUAAGUUCUUAUUAUUUCUUUUUCCUCACGUUCGUCCGUAAAAAAUACGUAGCCAGUAUAUAGUGGUAUAAAGUGCGAUAAUGAAUAGCACAGUAUUGAACCUAAGUAUCGGCUUCCUUAAUAUAAACUCAUUUUUUUUUAUUUAUAGAAAUAUGUGAUUUACUUUAUGUUUUGUAAGAUACCAACUCAACAGUAUAUGUUCUAAGAUCACAUCGACCCAAGAGUUUUUUUGUAUAAUUAAUAAAAUAAUGUAUAAUGAAGAUCGUGAUAGUUUGAAAAGUAUUGUACAUGUUUUUGAAGAAUUGCAUAAUAUCGAUAAUAUUACUUCGUACGUACAUAUUGAAGAAAACAUUACUGUUAAAAUAUAUUCA